UCCUUGACUGGACUUUGUCUUGUCAGGUUUAUUUAUAAACCACACAAAGCUCAUUAACAUGACCACACAUUUCAGCAGUCCACCUUUCUACCUUUCUUAUUGCAGGAGGGCACUCCUCACAGAUAAGACAGUAAGACAUGGCUGAGGAGAAAAGCAAGAGAGACUCCAUUGGAAUGAGUUUGAAAGGAUGCCGGACAAACAAUGGGUUUGUCCAUAAUGAAGACAUCCUGGAGAAGGACCCAGAUCCCAGCAGCCCAGGGGACAGCCCACAGCACAGCGCUGUGGGUAUCCUUGGCCCUGAGGAGCCUGACUUGAAGGACAUCCAGCCCUACGCAGGGAUGCCCAAGGAGGUGCUGUUCCGCUUCUCCAGCCAGGCGCGCUACCGAGUGCCUCGGGAGGUACUCUUCUGGCUCACCGUGACAUCUGUGCUCGUGCUCAUUGGGGCCACCGUAGCCAUCAUCGCCAUUUCUCCCAAGUGCCUCGACUGGUGGCAGGCGGGACCCAUGUAUCAGAUCUACCCAAGAUCUUUCAAGGACAGCGACAAGGAUGGGAACGGAGAUCUAAAAGGUAUUCAAGAUAAGCUAGAUUACAUUACAACUUUAAAUAUAAAAACCGUUUGGAUUACUUCAUUUUAUAAAUCAUCCCUUAAAGAUUUCCGACAUGGUAUUGAAGAUUUUCGAGAAAUUGAUCCCAUUUUUGGAACAAUGAAAGAUUUUGAGAAUCUGAUUGCAGCCAUACAUGAUAAAGGUUUAAAAUUAAUAAUCGAUUUCAUACCAAAUCACACCAGUGAUAAACAUGCUUGGUUUCAAUUGAGUCGGAACUGGACAGGGAAAUAUACUGAUUAUUAUAUCUGGCAUGACUGUCUCCAUGAAAAUGGCACAACCACACCACCGAACAACUGGUUAAGUGUAUAUGGAAACUCCAGUUGGCACUUUGAUGAAAUACGAAACCAAUGUUAUUUUCACCAGUUUACAAAAGAGCAACCUGAUUUAAAUUUCCGCAAUCCUGAUGUUCAAGAAGAAAUAAAAGAAAUUAUACAGUUCUGGCUUGCAAAGGGUGUUGAUGGCUUUAGUUUUGAGGCUGUUAAAUUUCUUCUAGAAGCAGAGCAUCUAAGAAAUGAGAUCCAAGUGACUGAGACCCAAAUCCCGGACACAGUCACACAGUACUCAGAGCUGUACCACGACUUCACCACCACGCAGGUGGGGAUGCAUGACAUUGUCCGGAACUUCCGACAUAUAAUGGACCAGUACAGCAGGGAGCCUGGGAGAUACAGAUUCAUGGGGACUGAAGCCUAUGGAGACAGCAUUGACAAUACCGUGAUGUAUUAUGGGUUGCCUUUUAUUCAAGAAGCAGAUUUCCCCUUCAACGACUACCUCACUAGGCUAGACACUCCUUCUGGGGACAGGGUGUUUGAGGUUAUCACAUCCUGGAUGGAACACAUACCAGAAGGAAAAUGGCCUAACUGGAUGAUCGGUGGAUCGGACAGAGCCCGGCUCACUUCUCGUUUGGGGAAAGAAUAUGUCAACAUCAUGAACAUGCUUCUUUUGACACUUCCUGGAACUCCCAUAACUUACUAUGGAGAAGAAAUAGGAAUGGGAAAUAUUUUAGCCACCAAUAUCAAUGAAAGCUAUGAUGUUGAUACCCUUCUCUCAAAGUCACCAAUGCAGUGGGACAAUAGCUCAAAUGCUGGUUUUUCUGAAGGCAAUAACACCUGGUUACCCACCAAUUUAGAUUACCACACUGUGAACGUUGAUGUCCAAAAGACUCUGCCCAGAUCAGCAUUAAAGUUAUACCAAGAAUUAAGUUUGCUUCAUGCCAAUGAGCUGCUCCUCAGCAGGGGCUGGUUCUGCUAUUUGAGGACUGAAAACCACUCUGUCGUGUACACAAGAGAGCUGGAUGGCACAGACAGAGUCUUUCUCAUCAUUCUGAAUUUUGGAGAAUCAUCACUGCUAAAUCUAAAGGAAGUGAUUUCAAAAAUUCCCACAAGAGCGAGGAUAAGGUUAAGUACCAACUCUGCCAACAAAGGAAGUGAAGUUGAUACGCACGCCAUUACACUGGACAAGGGAGAAGGACUCAUCCUUGAAUACAACACAAAGGAUCUCCUUCAUCUCCAAACAGACUUCAGAGACAGAUGUUUUGUUUCCAACCGGGCAUGCUACUCCAGUGUAUUUAACAUACUGUACAGCUUGUGUUAGACACCUCUAUAAAAGAGAUGAAGACACUGGCUUUCUGUCCUGUUAUAAGCAUCUGCAGUAACUUCAUGUACACCCAUGCUGCUGGGUAAACUUUAUCAACAGUCAUUAAUUAUUAGAUAUUUCUGUAGCUUGAAUGGCAUUGCUUUUAGGAAAGGUUGUCAAAUGUUUUUAAAGAAUAAAAAAAUGUCUAAAGGAAA